AUGAAAGAUAAGAAACAAGGCAUUACUGUAGCUGGUGAUCAAGGUUUAGGAAAUAGUCUUUCACAAUUACAAAAUUCUCAUGGUAUUAUCGUGAAUCAAGCGGGUAUUGUCUAUGUAGCUGAUUGUUGUAAUAAUCGAAUCAUGCGUUGGUCUCAAAAACUCACAGAAAAAAACGUUAUCAUUGGUAGAAACGGCGAAGGAAAUCAAAUGAAUCAACUCUCCAGUCCCAUCGGUUUGUCAUUUGAUCGAGAGAGUAGUUAUUGUGUUUGUGAUAGUGGAAAUAAUCGAGCGCCAAAGUUCAACAUUGAUUGA